CAGCAAUCCUGCGCUGUCGCCAUUUGCCAGCGAGAUCGCAGUCUGUGACCACUACAUCGACGGUCGGUACGUGUUCCUCGCUAGGACGCUACUAGCUGGUGAGAAGCUUAUUAAGUGUAGUGGCCAUUUUCUAAAAGAGUAGGCAGACAGAUUGAAGCAACUGAUACUGGCGUAGUGUCAUGUGUCCGAAUUUACGCCCCCCAAAAAUGACUUAAACCAAAGAGCACCGUACGAACAUUAUCAAAACCGCAACGCACCACCAAAACUGGUGUGGUCUGUGACCAAAACACAAAAGACUCCCACAAAUCUCGUGCGAAUCCAGUACUUUUGGCCCAGCGCAAUGUGAGUGUAAAGUGUCAAAUCGCAAAACCGGCCAUCCGGUGGUGAGUGCAGCAGCAGUGCCAGUAGCUGUUGAAGUGUCGAAUAGACGAUUGCUGGAGCUCCCUUGGCUAGUGCAACGCGCCCCAAAAAUAGGCAGCACAAAAUGAACGAUACGGAAGUGAACGAUGAGCUGCUGCUGCCGGCGGUGGUGAUGCAGCUACCAUCGCUAGCGGCAACCGCCGACAACAAUCUGUCCUGGAUCGAGCGGUUAAACUACUCGUUCGGCAACGAGGCACUGUACCACGCCAACACUUCGACGAUCGAACGGAUCGUCUCGAUGAUGGUGCCCGUAUUCUUCGGUUUCAUCGGCCUAGCCGGGCUGCUUGGCAACAGUCUGGUGGUAAUCGUUGUGGCCGCCAACCAGAGCAUGCGAUCGACGACCAACCUACUGAUCAUCAAUCUGGCCGCUGCCGACCUGCUGUUCGUGGUGUUCUGCGUCCCAUUCACCGCCAUCGAUUACGUGCUGCCCGAGUGGCCCUUCGGUGACCUCUGGUGCAAGUUUGUACAGUACAUGAUCGUCGUGACGGCACAUGCCAGCGCGUACACACUCGUGCUGAUGUCACUGGAUCGCUUUCUGGCCGUGGUACAUCCCAUCACCAGCAUGUCGAUCCGAACCGAACGGAACGCCUCGAUUGCCAUCUGCGUCACGUGGUUUAUCAUCCUGACGACGGCCAUCCCGGUGGCCAUCACGCACGGUGUCGUGUACUACCCACGGCAGGGUGGCCACUAUACCGCCUGUCUCUUCCUAACCGCCGAGGGCUACAGUUUGGUGGCCUUCCACGUAUCCUUCUUUCUGUCGUCGUACCUAGUGCCGCUGUCGCUGAUCUCCUUCCUGUACAUGGGCAUGCUGAUCCGGCUCUGGAAGGGUGCCCCCGGUGGCCGGGCAUCGGCAGAAUCGAGAAGAGGCAAGAAGCGUGUCACUCGCAUGGUCGUCGUGGUGGUCCUGGUGUUUGCUUUCUGCUGGUGUCCCAUACAGGUGAUUCUGUUGCUGAAGUCACUGAAGCUGUACGAGCUGACGCACGCCAGCAUCAUCUUCCAGAUCGUGUCGCACGUGCUGGCGUACACCAACUCCUUCAUCAACCCCGUCCUGUACGCCUUUCUGUCCGACAACUUCCGGAAAGCGUUCCGCAAGGUCGUCUGGUGUGGCCGACCACCACCACUGACCAUCCAACCGGCCGCACAAACCAAAACGACGCGCACCACCGGCAACGGCACCUCGAACGCGGACGCCUUAUGAGCCGAGGAGCCGAUCUGCGAAGGCAGAUUUAUGGAGAAGUACAUCGAAGUAGCCAGCGUCUAAGACGUGCGCACGCUGACUUCGCUCAACUGACGGAUUGCCGGAUGAGGACGAGGAGAAGAACGACCACGAGGAGGGCAACGCAGAAGCAAAUGAUGGGGUCCAUCGCAGCGGGUGCCUUUACCCCCCCUUUUUGUAAAUAUUAACACAAUAUCUGUUUGCAUAAGCACAUACGCGAGAGCGGUAAACACAACAUUCACACAAACACGUACACACUGUGCACCGUGGUACAGCACAGCAAUCGUAGCAAUCGUAGCGCAACAACUGGUUCGACGACAACAAACGAACGAGGAAGAGGAGCGAGGCGCGUGUACGCCAUGUAGACCACAAGCUGAGACCGAAGCCAGUAAAGUACCGGUGGUCGUACGGAGGAGAGAUCGUACAUCACCGGCACAACAGCACCACCACCACCACCGGACACUGCCGCCAGAGCGUUCAGCAUCCCAAACCGCAAGACGUCAGUAGUCAGCCCCCUGACGUUUUGCGGCGACCAGGAGCCGGAACUGUGCUGUGCGAGUGGCCCUGGCCAUCGUCGAUCCAGGCGAGGGUACGUGACGAUUGAUUCCAUCAUAGCCUCUCCAGUGGAGCCACGAAAGAGGGCGAAUCACUCAGCAUGUACCCCGCGUACGUGUGCACACACAAAAAAAGGAAGCAAUAGCCCGAAAACAAUAGUCAUCACUAAUCGCUUGUUUGCGUUGCACCAUUUCGUCCGAGCAACACCGCACCUCCACCCUGCAGCAAACCUCCAGAGCUGCCAACCAAUAAGCCAACAAAGCCCAAGAAUACAGACGAACGCGCACACGGGAAUGUAAAUAGAUGGCGACGAAUUGGCAUGUCACUGGUCCGCUUCGCUCCGGUCUAGCUGUGAGCAGGGCAGUACUGUGGCCCCCCAAACGCUUGCUGCGACGGGAUGUCAACGUCAUUAUCCUCUUCUCGGUGGCCCUCGGUCGCCUUCCGCCAUAGUUACCUCGGUUGCCAUGACAAUUUGUCCAUUUCCAGUCGUCCAUGUGCCAAUGCCGCCUGCUGGUUUGGUAGCUGCCUGGCUGACUGCCUUGACUGGCUGGCUUUUUAUGUCACUAUGUUACCACCUGCGGUGCGAAGUCGUAAUGAUAUUGUUUCGGGUCAUUUGUAGAUUGGCCCCAAAAUUACUUCUGCCCUUCGCACCCCCCCCCCCCC